AUGGCGGACAUCCUAACCCAACUCCAAACCUGCCUCGAUCAGCUCGCAACGCAAUUCUACGCUACACUAGGCUACCUCUCAACAUACCAUGACAACAGCCCCGCCAUCCCACCCCCAAACGUCCCCAAUGCAGUCCCAGCACUCGCAAAGAUAUCCAAAAACUCAACCGCCCCUCCAAUCCCCGCCUCCCUCGCCUCAAAAGGCAACACCGAAAUCGCCGGUAACGCCUCCCCACCUCCACAACCACCACAACAACCUGGUGCCGCUUUAGGCACCGGACCACAAGAAGGCGAAGACCCCAACCAGCCCCCGCAGCCUGAUUCCCCGAGCACAUUCGCGAGUCGGCAGCGGGAGCUUGCGCGUGAUCUCAUUAUCAAGGAGCAGCAGAUUGAGUAUCUGAUCUCGGUCUUACCGGGUAUUGGGGCUUCCGAGGCGGAGCAGGAGGCUAGGAUUCGGGAAUUGGAGGUUCAGCUUAGGGAUGUGGAGAAGGAGAGGGAAGUUAAGAUUGGGGAGCUGCGGAGUUUGAAGAACAGAUUGGAUGGUGUGCUUGGGGCUGUUUCGGUUGGUGUUUAUGGGGAUAGGGACUAUCAAAAAUGA